AUGGCCCAUGGAGUUGCUGACAUCGACGGUUGGGUCAGAAUGCCAUAUCUUAUUAGCACAGCACAAAACCAGUUUUACGAAAACUACCCAGAACAAGCAUUCAGAACUGGCCGUAAUUUGAACAGACCUGAUAUCUGUUGGGAGACUACAAGCUCGAGAUCAUUGUCUGAUUGGAGUUGUGAUCCAGGCGGUCCAUGUUGUACCUGCGACUGUGAUUGCCAGCCUGCUCCGAGGCUCAACGCGCAGCCAGUUGGAUAUUUCUGCAAACCCCAGGACAAUGCCAGUGUUCCUGACGGUACACACUCACAUAGCCACGGGGGAGGACAAGGACCGCCUGGCCCUUUCGACGCUCACUACCAACCCAACACCUACCACAGUUAUAUGAGAGAACCGCGUGUCUUGUAUGGCAAACAGGAGGUAUCUUCAGUCGAGGAUAUGAUCUACUAUAGCGCAAAAGAGCAGCGAUACAAGAAUGAUGCCGAGAGAAGAAUUCAAGAUUGGAUACGACUCAUGCCUGAACUCGUUGGCAACAGCAAGACCUCAUCCUCAACACAUGGCAUGUCGAAGAGAUACACCAGAAACAACAACAACACAGAAGACAAGAAGAAAGAGAAGAACAAGGGGGAUGGGAGCAAAAGAAAAAAGAGAUACCCGUUCACGCGACGAUCCCACUGA